AUGAAAGAUUAUACGAAUGCUGUAAUUGCGUCUGGAGUAUCUCCCGCUAUUAUGAUAACAGAUGAUCAUAAAUCUUCAAAAACAAAAGUUGGUUCGCGUAUGAAAAGAGCUCGAGGAGACUAUGGUCGACGUAAUUCUAUUACUCAUCCGGAUACUCCAAAGUCGCCUCGAGGAUUAUUCCCUCUUGUCUAA